AUGCCCUGCGGUUCUGACAAUGCCAGGCGGCCGAUCACGCUCUUCCUUGCUCUUCUGCUGUCCUCGAUCCUGGGCUAUCUCAGCUGGCAGCGGCUCGGAAGCUACGCCUCCUUCGGCCUUGUCCGGCAGCACCGGUCAAGGACUCCUCCUUCCGUGACGAGGUCAAGUUCAACUCCGACGACGACCAGCCUCCCAGCCACGAGGCCCAGCGCCCCAGCAGUGCUUACGACGUUGGCUCCGACCCAUCCGCCUGCGACCCUGUUGAAAGCGGACGACUGCGACUGGAAAGAGACAGCCGGAAAAGCUGAGCUUUACGUGGACCCAGCACUCGCGCGGCGUCGCCCGCACGCAUCACCUGGACUGCGAGAAGCAGAGGUGUUCUGGAUCAUGCGUGUCGUGGAAAACUGCUGGUGCCAAGCUCCCAAAUGGGCCUGUCAGUGCUAUGACAACAGCGGAGUGGUUCACCAAAACUGGUUGCUUUUCUUCCGCAUGGUUGCCUCUGGCGCGACACGACCGGUGGCGGAGACCUUUGAAUUGGUCUCCGUCUUGGGCGGCCGGUUUCGGUUCAUGCUUUCGGAGCAUGGCCCUAACUACCUGGAAUGGCGAACCGAAGUAUGGACCAAUGAUAGUAGCGCCUCGAUCUUCUCCGGCCUGGCCGUCCCCUUCCUUGCAGGACCCCCGGACUGUGACCUGGAACUCUCCGGGCCCGUUGCCUUCUACCGACACCUCUCCCCUCAGAACUUCCAGUAUGGGCACCUUCUUCUGGAUCUUCUGCCGCUGCUCCACUUCCUGGCGACAGAAGAGCGAGAAUCCACACUGGUGCUUCAAAGGGACCCAGAAAGCAUCAUUGCAAGCUUCAUGCGAUGGUACGAUGGAGACCUGGAGAAGAGGUUGGUCUUCACGAACGAGACGGAGGUCGUUUGCACCCCAGAUCGGCUCUCUCUGAUCAAGGCAAAGACCGGCAUCGCGCGCCCCGAUAGCAUGCGGCUGCUGAGCCUUUGGCGUCCGUUGCGGUCCCACAUCCGCCGGCUGAAAACCUCUCAGCCAAUGGUACGGGCCAUCGCUUAUCAGCGGGAGCAAGACUUCGUCAAGCACGGCCGCAUCAUCGGCCAAUUCAGAAACCAACGACUGCUGUUUCUGGUCAAACAAGCAAUGAAGGCACAUGGCCGUCGCGGUGACGUCGAAGUCUUCGACGGGAAGAUCGGAGGGCGGACAAUGACCUUCGAGCAGCAGUACCGCCUCUUCAACAGCGCCUUCCUGGCUUUUGGCCCCCAGGGCACGGGACUCGCGAACAUCCUUUGGAUGCAGAAUUCCGACUGCCAUCGCCGGCCGGCAGUCAUCGAGUUCAUCUGCUCGGCUGACACCAUGCACAGCUUUGGCUGCUGGAACUGGCAGAAUUCUCAGAAGGUGCUGAGCAUCAAGUCCACCUGGGCCAUCUCCGCCGGUGCUUUCUGGGCGCGCUACUUCCACGUAUGGCUGCUCCGGACGCCUCUACCACGGCAGGUCUGGAUCGACGAGAAAGGCUUCAACCGCUCCCUCUACGAAGCGCUGCGGCCCUUCCGCCUCUAG